CGCCCCCUGCUCUGCUCRCUUUCAUCACUCGCCAAGAUGAGCUACGGAUCUGACUUCAAUUCCGCCUCUUCCUACCGAAAGAUUUUCGGGGAGUCUCCCCGUUACUCCAGCUCUCCAUCCCGGAUYAGCAAUGCCUCUUUACGCAGCGGCGGUUACCGGUCCCAGCCUCAGUCCCGGAGCAUGGGCUCUAACCUGGGCUCCUCUUUCCACCAGAAGAGGUCCUCUGGCCGGUCCUACUCGCAGAUGCCCAUGCCGAUGGAGAACUUGGAUUUCGCCCAGAGCACGGUGCUCAACAAUGAGUUCAAAAUCAUCCGCACCAACGAGAAGGAGCAGAUGAUGGGGCUCAAUGACCGCUUUGCCAUGUUCAUCGACAAGGUUCGCAACUUGGAACAGCAGAACAAGGUGCUCGAGACCGAGCUGGUGACCCUGCGUCAGAGGCAGACMGAGCCCUCGCGCCUGGCGGACCUGUACCAGCAGGAGAUCCGCGAGCUGCGCUCCCAGCUCGAUGAGGUGAACGGRGAGAAGUCCCAGAUCCUCAUCGAGCGUGACAACAUCGAAGAGGACCUGCAGAAGCUCCGUGGCAAAUACGAUGACGAGUACCGCCUGCGGGAGGAAGCCGAGCAGAKCCUCAAGGCGUUCAAGAAGGACGUGGACGACGCCACCAUGGUGCGUUUAGACCUGGAGAAGAAGGUAGAAUCCCUCCUCGACGAGAUCAACUUCAUGAGGAAGGUGCACGAGGAGGAGGUGGCCGAGCUCAUGAACAUGAUCCAAGCCGCCCAGGUGUCCGUGGAGAUGGAGGUCUCCAAACCUGACCUCACCUCUGCCCUGAAGGAGAUCCGAGGCCAGUARGAGUCCAUGGCCUCCAAGAACCUCCAGUCCGCCGAGGAGUGGUACAAGUCGAAGUUCGUUGACCUCAAUGAGCAGGCCACCCGUAGCCAGGAGACGAUGCGCGCCAGCCGGGAGGAACUCAAUGAGUUCAGGAGGCAGCUCCAGUCCAAGACCAUCGAGAUCGAGAGCCWGAGGGGAACCAACGAGUCCCUGGAAAGGCAGCUCAACGAGAUGGAGGAGAGGCACAACCAGGAGAUUGGCCAGUACCAGGACAACAUGGCCGAGCUGGACAAUGACCUGAGGACCACUAAGAGCGAGAUGGCUCGUCACCUGCGGGAAUACCAGGACCUGCUGAAUGUCAAGAUGGCGCUGGAUAUUGAAAUUGCUGCAUACAGGAAACUCCUGGAAGGGGAAGAGACCCGCAUCAGCACAGGCAUCACCUACUCCAGCCCCGGCAUGAACAUGAGGUCCUCCGAGAUGAGGUCCUUCGGCAUGAGGUCCUCCGAGAUGAGGUCCUCCAACAUGAGGUCCUCCGACAUGACCUCCUCCGGCGACGUGGACUUGCCCAGCAUGGGCAGCUACAACCAGACCACCAGGUACACCACCAUCUCUGGAGGCUCCAAGAAGGAUGAGGGAAAGGACCAGGAGGAUGGGCAGAGCAAGUCUGGCAAGGGGUCCAACGACGGAGACCAGAAGGAGUCCAGCYACGCCAACCCRACCAACCAGAAAAACUAGACUCUCCCCUUCCCUUAGGUUUAACCUUKCACCUUCCAUCCCCUCCCUCKUACUCCCCAUCCCCCUCC